UUUGAUCGGAGGCUCUAACUAAAUAUCAUCUGUGUCUGAACUGGUUUCCUCGAACCUGUCAGCCCCUCUGAUGUGAAAUGAAACUUGGCGUGAUGUCUGUUAUUCACUGUGUUGACUGUGUCUCCUCCCAGGCUCGGCGCCAGCUCACCAUCAUCCCUCCUCCUCCUCACUCGCUCAUCUGAGAGUAUAAAAAAUCCUGCGCUGUCUGAGCACUCCACUUUCUCCUCUUCAGCUGAAGCAGAAAGACAGCAUCCUUCAUCCUCAUCAUCACACGAGAUGACGUCCUUCAGGUCUACUAGUGGGGGAAUGUACCGGGGCAGCAGCAGGUCCCUUUCCGGCGCCAUCGGAGGAUCCAGAAUAUCUACUGCUUCAUCCGCCAUGUCUCUGUUUGGUGCAGGUGGAGGUGGAGGUGGAUCUGCCUACAGCUUCGGCUUCAUUGGUGGAGCAGGUGGUGGUGGAGCAGGUGGCGGUGGAGCAGGUGGCGGUGGAGCAGGUGGCGGUGGUUUCGCGUUUGGAGGUGGUGCUGGUGACAGCGUUGGGCUCUCUGCCAAUGAGAAAGCCACCAUGCAGAACCUGAACGACCGUCUGGCCUCCUACCUGGACAAGGUGCGCAAGCUGGAGGCGGCCAAUGCCGAGCUGGAGAAGAAGAUCAGAGAGUUCCUGGAGAAGAAGACCUCCCCCUCCGCCAAAGACUACAGCCAGUACUACAAAACCAUCGCAGAGCUGCACGGAAAGAUCCAGGAUGCUACCAAAAUCAACGGAGGCAUCUACCUCUCCAUCGACAACGCCAAGCUGGCCGCUGAAGACUUCAGGCUCAAGUACGAGAACGAGCUGGCCAUGCGUCAGUCCGUGGAGGCCGACAUCGCCGGGCUCAGGAGACUCCUGGAUGAGCUGACUCUGACCAGGACCGAUCUGGAGAUGCAGAUCGAGGGCCUGAAGGAGGAGCUGGUCUUCCUCAAGAAGAACCACGAGGAGGAGCUGCUGGCCAUGCGGACUCAGAUGAGCGGUCAGGUAAACGUGGAAGUGGACGCUGCUCCUCAGGAGGACCUCAACAAGGUCAUGGAGGAGAUCAGAGAGCACUACGAGGGUCUCGCUGCCAAGCAACGCAAAGAACUGGACGCCUGGUUCCAGGCGAAGUCAGAAGCGCUGAACAAAGAAGUCGUCGCCAGCACAGAAACCGUCCAGACGUCCAAAUCAGAGCUCACAGACCUCAAACGGUUGCUGCAGAGCCUGGAGAUCGAGCUGCAGUCACAGCUCAGCAUGAAAGCCGGGUUGGAGGGCACGCUGGCUGAGACUCAGAGCCGGUACGCCCUGCAGCUGUCCGGUUACCAGAACCAGGUACUGAUGCUGGAGGAGCAGCUGUCGCAGCUGAGGGCAGACCUGGAGCGGCAGUCCCACGAGUACCAGAUGCUGCUGGACAUCAAGACCAGGCUGGAGAUGGAGAUCGCCGAGUACAGGAGGCUGCUCGAAGGAGAGGGCACCAGCAGCAAAACCACCACCUCCAAAACCUCCUCCUCCACCUCCUCCACCACCUCCUCUGGGCCCACCAGCGUCACCACCAAAAAACAAAUCGUCAUCGUGGAGGAGGUCGUGGACGGGAAGGUGGUGAGCUCCCACAAAGAAGAGGUCACCCUGUGAGUUCCAGCAGAGGGCGCUCUCACAGAAAUAAACAUGCAAAUAAAAGUCUGC